AUGGUUUAUACUUUGAGAGUUACUUUAGGCUUCGUGGGUAGAGUACCCGAUCAGCUGGGGAAUCUCUCUGCCUUGCUCUACCUCGACCUUUCUUAUGACGGAGAUGAUUUCUCUGGAAACUUGUUCAUCGAAAACCCUGAAUGGAUCUCUCGGCUCGCUUCACUUCGGCGUCUGAAUUUGAAUUCAGUCGAUUUUAGAAGUGCGUCCAACUGGUUACGAGCAUUGAACGCCCUCCCUCAUGUUCGAGAAGUUGAAUUGUCUAGCUGCUACUUGGGAACCUUACCUCGUUCGCUUCCUCAUGUCAACUUCACAUCUCUCACCAGACUUGAUCUUGGAAAUAACGAUUUCAACUCAGGCAUACCAGAUUGGUUGCUUAAUGUAACUAGUCUUCAGUACCUUUACCUUGCUUACAAUUCUCUCUCGGUCUUCCUUCCUGCCAUUGCCAAGCUGACAUCUCUCAGGGCACUCGACUUGUCCGGAAAUUUGUUCCACAGGGGCUUUAUACCGAGAGCUCUGUCCGACCUCUGCAAGCUCCAAAGCCUCCAACUAAGUGACACGUCUAUCAACGAUUCGCUAGUCAAUUUGGAAGUGGCUUUCUCUGGAUGCCUUGGGUUCAGCUUGGAGGAAUUGGACCUUGGCUCCACUCGGCUUGGAGGUUCCAUGCGAGCAGAUUGGUUAGGAAACAUGAAGAAUCUCAAAUAUCUUGAUCUUUCUGAGAAUUCGCUCCAUGGUUCAGUGCCUGAUUCUCUUGUCAACCUGUCAUUGCUGCAAUAUUUGGAUCUCAGUUACAACAAUUUGAAUGGGUCGAUUCCCGAAGGCCUCGGACAACUGAAAAGCCUUGUCUAUUUGUUUCUCUCCGGUAACUCAGUGAACUUGUCUGAAGUCCACUUGGCUAAUCUAUCAAGUUUAAAGUAUUUGGAUAUUUCUUUCAUCACGUCGUUCCUGAUGGAAAGCCAUGAUUGGACUCCUCCUUUUCAACUUAUAUCACUGGGAAUGGCUUUCUGCCAAGUAGCACCGAGGCCUCAUUUUCCAGUAUGGCUCCAAACACAGAAAGAUCUUUAUUACUUAGAUUUGAGGAAUGCAGGAAUCAAAGAGACGAUCCCUAAUUGGCUUCCUUCCAGUCUCGGGCUUUUACUCCUCUCCAAUAAUGAGAUUACCGGCGAGGUGCCACAGUAUUUGCCGAAUCUAAUAGCUAUGGAGCUCUCAAAUAAUUCCUUCUCGGGCCGUCUCCCUCCAGGUAUCUCAAACACGAUGCCAAACUUGCGCUUACUUGACUUAUCCCGGAACAAUCUGAGUGGCACAGUCCCACUCUCUAUUUGUCGAAUUAAGUAUUUGGAGAUACUUGGACUCUUCCAAAAUAACCUCUCAGGAGAGCUUCCCAGUUGUUGGAAGAGUUCUUCACUUCUACAAGUGCUAGAUGCAUCAAACAAUAAAUUACAAGGAGGAAUUCCUGAUUCCCUCUGCAAUUUGCAGCGGCUGCAAUCACUACACCUGAGCCACAAUAGUUUAUCUGGGCAGGUCCCUUUUUGUUUAAGAAGAUGUACGAGCUUGAUUACCCUUGAUCUAGAACACAACAAAUUGAUCGGAAGUAUACCGGAUUGGAGCAAAGAAAGCCUCCUGAAGCUGAAGGCACUCAGCUUAAGCUCUAAUGCCUUCAAUGGUAGCAUUCCUCAAUUUUCUCAUCUUCCAUCCCUUCAAAUAUUGGAUCUUUCAAACAACAACCUUUCCGGAACUAUACCACGAAGCUUUGGGAACUUCCGUGCUAUGGAACUCUCCUUUCAUCCAGAUUACAAUAGUGAUGAUGAGUUUUGGGACGACCACAUGAUGCUCUUCAUGAAAGGAAGAGAAUACUAUGGUACUGAUAAGUCCAUGACUGUGUUUUUGGUAAGUGAAAAUGAUGCGAGUGGGGAAGCCAUCUACAACGAGUAG